UAUCUUGAAUUACUUUCACUUCUUAAUUUUUAAUCGAAGAAAAUUCACAAUUUGAAGUACUUUUUCUCAUUGCGGAAUGAGUUUCUUGUCUCGUGGAAGUUCUCUCUUAUCUCCCAAAAACCUCCAAAGCCUCCACAAAGCAAUGUCCACAUUUGCCAAUUUGAAAGUCAACACCCCGAGUCCCUUUGUCGUUCACGUUGAACUGGACAAUCCCAAGAGGCACAAUGCUAUCAAUAAUGAAAUGUGGAAGUCCCUCGGGGAGUGUUUUGCAUCUCUGCACACGAAUCCCGAUUGCCGGGUGAUUGUCCUCUCGGGCGGAGGGAAGAACUUCUGUGCUGGCAUUGACCUUAUGAGCUUCAUGUCAAUGGGUAAGGAGUUGAGUGAACAUGAGGACGUGGCACGACGGGGACGUCUGUUGGACAACAAAGUCCGCAUAUUUCAGGAUUCCAUUUCAUCCCUCGAGAGGUGCAUGAAGCCCAUAAUUGCCGUGAUUCAGGGAGCUUGCGUGGGAGCUGGAGUGGAUCUCACAACUGCCACGGAUGUCCGUUACUGCACCACAGACGCAUGGUUUCAGGUGAAAGAGGUGGAAAUUGGAAUGGCAGCCGAUGUGGGUACCCUUCAGCGUCUCCCCAAAGUCAUUGGAUCCCAGAGUCUCGUGCGUGAGCUCUGCUUCACGGGCAGGAAGCUAGAGAGUGGAGAGGCCCUUCAGUUUGGGCUUGUUAAUCGCGUCUUCAGCACAAAGGAGGAAAUGCUGAAAUUCGCCUUUGAGACUGCCGCUAAAAUUGCCGCUCUCAGUCCUGUUGCUGUGCAAAAUACCAAAAAGAGCCUCAUCUAUUCCUUCGAUCGCCCUGCCCAGGAGGGAUUGGAUCACAUUCGCGAGAUCAAUACGCUUGCCCUGCAAAGUGAGGACUUUAUUGCUGCAGCUACAGCAGCCGCCACAAAGGGAGAAGCAGCAGAAUUCUCAAAGCUCUGAAAAUUCUCAUGAAAGCUUCAAAAGUUUGAAAAUUAUGAUAUUUUUGGGUUUUUUUUGUACCUAAUGUUCUUGAGAUAUUUUUUAGAAAAUAAAAGGUAAAGGAAAUUUUGAAAA